GCGCCCGCCUCAACACGUUGCUCAGUGUUGUGACCAGUAGAGGUAACCACCAGUGUGUGUGUUGCCUCACCUCACGCCUCCUCUCGCACACAUUAUUUCCAUUUCCCCCCGUUAUAUGCACGUAUUCUACCGCAUAGAUGCAGAUUUCGCAAUGAUGCCUUUAACGCCAAUUCUGAAAAAACGACAGAGCAUAAUGAAUUCAUCCAGUAAACGAGUACUUUUCAGUACUCGUGAACCAGCUCGCUCUGUGAUUUUGAAAUAUAGAGAAACUGGAAAUUCUUCACAUUUUGACAAAAUAUUCGAAGAUUUAGCAACUUCCGGGACAACAGUUGAUCUUUUAUCAUGGCUGAAUCAAAUGACUGAUUGUGUAACACUCUUAGACAGACAAGCAGAUAAGCUAGUAUUAGAGUUUUUGGAAAUUCCUUGGUUCAGGCCCAAGUUAAUGGAGGUUGCAGUAGCAGCCGAGGACUUCUUCACCACCCUUGUCUCGGCUCACAACUAUUAUGCUUAUCUUGUCCUUAAGCACCUGUUUACUUUGUUAAUACCAGAGGUUAAUGAGAGUGAUCCUACUCUGUUGGAGAAGGCAGGAUUGCUGAGUGCAGAGGAGGAGGAGUGCUACCGGCAUAUCUUGUCUACUAUUGUCGCAGUUCAAGAUCACGUGCCUUUGAUUCGAGACAACUUGGUUGCGCUUGCAAGAAAAUCCUUUCCCUAUUUCACGAAACAUGUUCAUCAACAUGCUGUUUAUACACGUAACUUAUUACUCUUGGCAAGGUGUCUUCCACAUUUAAGAAUAUCUCUACUUGAAAUUAUAAUUAACAACCUGGCAACACUUGACGUUUACACACCGCGCUCUGAGUUGGUCCCAGUAGAGGAAGACGAGGAGGAGGAGGAGGAGGAAGAUGGUAGUGAUGACGAAGAAGUGUUUCCCAUGGAACUGGAGGAGUCGAAGGAUAAGAAAGUAGAGACUGCAAAUGACUCGCCAAGCAUUACAAAAGAAUUGGCUCAUAUCCUGAACCAUAAAAAUGGAAAUACAUUGGAUGUUUUAAUGUGUAUAAUGUUCCAAUAUGUUCACGAUGUUUGCCAUGGCAGUGAUGUGUCCGGAAAACCCACAGAACUAAGCAAGAAAUGUUUCCAUUACAAAUUUCCACCAGACCCAUUGCAGAAUGAACCGGAAAUGUGCCAGGCAGGAUCAGUCAGUUUAAGUGGUGGUAACACAAUAGCUGGAUGUAAAUGUCGUGGGAGUAAACAUAACUUAGAUGCACUGAAGCUUCUUUAUACGGAACUAAAAGAAGUGUUCUCUCGCACCAUCUUGAUUGUUGAGGCAUCAUCUUACGUUCAGUUUCUAAUGUUUUAUCUCCUUGCGUUGCGGCCAGGUUUGGCUACUUACUUUCUAGAAUUUUUAAGAACUAAAAAAUUUGAAGAUCCCAACUGUUCACGAGAUGUACGACAAAAUGCUAUGGCUUAUAUUGGCAGUCUAUUAGCCAGAGGAAAAUUUAUACCAUUUGAUGUUGUCCAUUCGUGCUUGGAAAUAAUUUGUACGUGGUGUAACACUUACCUUGACAACCAGGAAAGUAAUUGGGCAUCAAACUAUGAAGGGUCACAGCUUCACACACCUUUCUACUAUGCCUGCCAGACCAUAUUUUAUGUAUUUACCUUCAGGCAUCGAGAAUAUACAGAAAAUAGCCAAAGGCUGGUUAAAGCUCGCAGUCUCAACUUGGAGCGGCUUGUAAUGAGCCAGUUGAAUCCCUUGCGUGUAUGUGCCUCUCCGGUUGUCAGCAAUUUUGCAUCUGUAACACGUCACUUCCAACUGGCAUACUGCUAUACUGUUAUGGAGAAUAAUAAAAGAUUAAGGGGUCCCUCUGCAAGAUGGGAUGGAGGAAAAUUUAUUGGAAACUCAACCCUCGAUAUGUUCUUCCCAUUUGACCCAUAUCUUCUGCACAGAUCAAAGGUAUACAUUUCAGACCACUACAGAGAAUUUGAUGGUCUUCCAGAAGUAGUAACCUCAAAAACACAACGCGAUGAAGAUUCUGAUAUGAUAAUCUCGCCAAAAUUAAUUGACUUUUCUUAUGGUUCAUCACCUGGAUACAAGAGAUGUCACAAUGAUUCCUUUUCAUGGACCAUUCUGUAGGAGUCUUUCAUUUUGGAUGAUGUCAUCGCUCCAAAGUUAUGCAUACGUACAGCAGUCGCUGUGAAAAUGUGUUAAUACCUCACGACGAAAAGUGUUCACUUAACAUGUCUGAUAUUUAUUAUAAUUGUAUGAAUUAUGUACAUAGACCCUCUUCAGAUUUGUAUAUAAUUUCCAUACAUUACGUUCUAAAAUUGUUUAAUAAUUUAUUAUGAAUGUGAAAAUUAACCAGAUAGCUCUUCCAUCAGUUACACAAACAAUGGCUAACCAAAAUUAAUGUUAAAUAGAGUAUUUUAAAAACAAUGCACUAUUACCAUUAAAAUUGUCCUGGUAUAAGUCACUAA